GGAGUUUUCCCUGGACCAGCAGAGUAACGUGUCCUUGGUGGUUCAGCCCAACCUGGUAGUCCAGUCUGUCCAAGUACCAAGUGACACAGUAGGGAUCCAGUUUAGUGCUCUGACUGGAAGUUCUGGUAAUUUUGUGGCCGACAGAAUUAAUCUCAACACCAAUACCUCUGAACUGAUAGCUGACAAAGGAGGUGCUACCGAUGUCCAGAUUGUCAUAAAAUUCACACCAGAUUUACGUAAUAAAAACACAAACUACUCCAUUGGUUUUGUGCUCUACCAAAACGACCGGUUCUUCAGGUCCAGGGCAUUCACAGCUUCUUCAGGAACCAGCAGAAGAGUCAUCUCUGCUAACCUGGGACAAGUGUCUGGGUUGCAUGUUGAGAUGCUCUUCAAGCCCACAGCUGUCCCCAACGCCUCCCUCUAUGACUUUGCCUGCGUGUGGUGGAACUACACGUUGAAAGACUGGAGCACCUAUGGCUGCUCCAAAGUCAACCACUCAGAAGACGGCCUGCAAUGUUUCUGUAAUCACACCACUAACUUCGCUGUGCUUAUGUCAUUCAGGAAUGAUUUUAAAUACGCUGAAGUUCUAAACUGGAUCACCACAUUGGGAUGCUCCAUGUCCAUCAUAGGGUUGAGUUUAACAAUAACAUUCCAGAUCGCAACCAGAUCGCAACCAAGUAAGAUCCUACAGGCUUCCAGAACCAUUUCUAAAUAUACAAUAACAUUCCAGAUUGCAACCAGGAAAUCACGCAAAACCAACCCAACUGUCCUCUUAGUGAGCGUCUGCGUGUGUCUCCUGAUCUUCACCCUCCUCUUCGUGUUGGGAGUGGACAACCCUCAUAAACAGCUGGAGAAACCUGAAAUACAGGAGGACAACAUUCUCCCCCCGUCUGACACACACACAGAGCGGGACAGAGGCCCCUGUACUGCAGUCACAGUCCUGCUGCAGUACUUCCUGUUGGGGACGUUCAACUGGAACACGCUGUACGCCACACAUGUCUUCCUGAUGAUCAGAAACAGCCUGGCCACCAGCCCAUCACACUUCACAGCCUGUACCGUGGCCAUCGGAUGGGGACUGCCUGCGGUUGUGGUGGCCCUCACCUUAGGAAUUAGUUAUAGAGUGGAUGAUCCACUGGGUUACAGGCAGGAGGAAUUUUGCUGGCUUGCUGCCCUCGAUCCAAACGGGAACUUUGACUUCAAGCUGCCAAUGUUUUGGGGGUUCCUGAUCCCUGUGGCGUUCAUUCUUAUCUUCAACAUGGUGGUGUUGGUAUAUUUUGCAGUUACAACAUCCAAGACCAACCCACAUAUAACCAGUACAAGACACACAUCGAUGAAGAAGAAGUUCCUCAGUAGCUUUUCUCUGGCUGUGGUGCUCAGUCUCUCCUGGAUCCUGGGCUAUCUGUUGCUCAUUACACAGAACCAGACCAUGUACACCAUACUCAACAUCUCCUUCUGUGUACUCACCACCACUCAGGGCUUGCAGAUUUUCAUUCUGUUCACAGCAAGAACAGAAAUUGUCAAGGAAAAGAUGUCAAGUUUUUUUUAAUGUGUCUCUAGCGCUGGGAUCCCUCUUCACACCAAGAAGUUCAGUCUAUGGCGAGGCGAGCAAAGUGAAAAAGUAGAAUCAUACACACAGCUGGACACUGAUCUGUCAUUUCCACCUUGUUCCUCACAGACAUCUAACUGAUGGGCUGCAAGUUCAACCUCUGUUGUAAAAUAUCUCAUAAUAUUGUACUGUAAUAUACAAUAUAAUACACACACUAUUUAGUAUCAACGUACAAUAUAUGUACAGUGAAUUCCCUCAGAAGUUGUGUUGUCCAAUGAUUUUUUGAAUUAAUGUUUGCAAUAAAUCUGUGAUUAUUGUCUUUUAAGCU